GAUUGAGUUCAAGGUGGUGAUCCGCGGCCCCCGUGGAAAUCGCUGGGAGCAGGGGGAGAAUCGACUUCUUCAGGUGGAGCUGCCGCUGGCUGCGGAGGCAAAGAAGAUCGUGAGCCUGACCUGGGGACAAGCCGGCGUCAAGGAUGCCGAAGAUGAAGAUAUUGUCGGAGCUUUGCCGACUGCCGGCGAGUUC